AUGAAAUUCUCUACUCUCUCCACCGUUGCUGCCAUUGCCGCAUUUGCUUCCGCAGAUUCCACCUCUGAUGGUGUCACUUACGUAGAUGUUACCACCACCCCACAAAGUACUACAUCUAUGGUCUCCACCGUGAAAACUACUUCCACUCCAUACACUACAAGUACCAUUGCCACUCUAUCCACUAAAUCUAUCAGUAGCCAAGCUAACACCACCACCCAUGAGAUCAGCACAUACGUCGGCGCUGCCGUUAAAGGCUCCGUUGCGGGUAUGGGUGCCAUCAUGGGUGCUGCUGCCUUUGCUUUGUUAUAA